ACCUUUUCUUUCUCCUACAAAACACCUCCAUUUCCCAUCUUCCAUCUCCAUCUCCCUCAAACCCAAAUGGAUCAACCCGAGUCAUGCAAAGUCCUAAUCGAAGGCCACGACGACGAUGACAACGAAGACGACAAUGCCGGCGCCGAUGAGUCACAUCUGAUCCACAUGCUUAACAUGAUCCUAAGCGGCACUGCCCGGCUUAACAUCCUCCUCCCCACUGCCACCAUCCUUUCCUUCACCAUCUUCACCCCCAUCCUCACCAACGACGGCCACUGCACCAACUUCAACCACUGGUUAAUGGCCGUCUUCAUCACCGUCUCUUCCAUCUCUUGCAUCUUCCUUACCUUCACUGACAGCUUCCAAACUUACUCUGGAAAGCUUUACUAUGGCCUUGCCACCUUCACCGGUAUUUGGACCUUCAACUCUCGCCGGAAAAAACCUCCGGAGCCUUCUUUGUAUAAGCUCCGGUGGGGUGAUGUGUUCCAUGCUUUGUUGUCUCUGGUGGCAUUUCUCACAUUUGCAGGCUCUCAUUUUGAUGUUGUAUUGUGCUAUUAUCCUGCUUUGCCGAGGAAGGUGACUAAUAUUGUUCCUCUUGUUGUUGGGUUUGUUAUUAGUGUUUUGUUUGUGGUGUUUCCUUCAAGGAGAAGGGGGAUUGGCUAUCCUUUCAUGCUCAAGAGAGAUGCUGUUUAUAUAAGAUGAUGAUGAUCAAUGUUCCAUGAUCUUGGUCAUUAAUAUUGUUGUGGUAUAUGUAUAUAUAUACACAUAUUUUAUUGUCAAUUGUAUCUUAUUAUCAUGUUAAUUUAAUUUGUGAUUUAAAUGGUAUGAUUUG